AUGGCUCCCGUCCCCCCAACGACGGCCAGACAGAGCCUUGCCCGAGCCGGCGCCGUCGCGUCCCACCUCUGGAAGCGCGCCGCCGUCGUCGUCCUCCCCGAAGUGGCCCGCGCAACUACCUCUCACGCUCUCGCGCGCCGCAGCCUCACCGUCAACCAUACCCAGGGUGUCACCCUGGGUAUCAUCGGCGCAUAUGCAGUCAUCAUCGCCAUCCUGUGGAACGUCCCUUUCCUCCGCCAGGUCCUCUGGCCCUUCAAGAUGCUCGUCAUCGCUUUCCACGAGUUCGGCCAUGCCAUCACCGCCUGCUGCACCGGAGGCAAAGUGCUGUCCAUUACCCUCGAUCCCAACGAGGGCGGCGCCACGCUCAUGAAGGGCGGCAAGCAGGCCAUCACCCUCCCGGCUGGGUACUUGGGCUCCUCGCUUAUUGGCGGUCUCCUCAUCUUUUGCGGCUUCAACAUCAACGCUUCCAAGGUCGCCUCCAUGGUCCUGGGCGUCUGCUUUCUGUUGACUCUUUGGUGGGGUAAGAAGGACUGGCUUACAAUUCUCACCGUGCUCCUCGCUGUCGGCCUGCUGAUUGCCGCCUGGUUCAUCUCACACGCUCAAGCAUUGAGAUUUGUCGUUCUCUUCAUCGGUGUCAUGAGCUCCCUCUACUCGGUGUGGGAUAUCUGCGACGACCUUAUCAUGCGCAAGGUCAACAGCUCCGACGCCAGCGUCUUCGCUCAACGCUACGGCGGCUCCUCCCGCUGCUGGGGUCUUAUCUGGUCCAUCAUCAGCAUCUGCCUCAUGGCUGUCGCCAUUGUCGCGGGUCUCGCCGCCUUCCCGCAGUCCUUCACCGAGCAGGAAAACGACUCCAAAAACUUUCUGCCCACCAGAUGA